GUAAAGACUUUUAAUUUGUAAACGUCGCUCGGUACGUGACGCCGCUUCCGCAGUUUGCCGCGCGUUUCCUGUGCUCGUUCUGCUCUUCACACACGUCCGAUCAUGUUGGGCAAAAUAAUCGGUCAGAAAUACGUGUCUAUCGCGAGAACAUGGGUUCCCACGCUCGCCGUCUGGGGUGGAGCUGGAGGCGUAGCUCUCGUUCACUUCACCGACUGGAGGAUCAUCUUGGACUACGUGCCGUACAUCAACGGAAAGUUCAAGAAGGACGAUUAGAUCAAGUCUUGCUGUGGACGGGCUGAAGAUGGAGAUGUUUGUCAGUGCCGGAGAAGAAGACCUCUAGUGAAUCAUCACUGCUAAUGAACAAUGUGUAUUUAUUUCGGAGCGUUCAAUUCAUUCAUCCCUCGUGAAAGGUCUCACGAUCAAAAUCGAAUGAUUAUAAAGAUCAUGUAUGUAACGCCGGAGUGUUUUCUGUGCUUUGUCGUUUCUUUCCACUGAAUCCUCAUGGAAUAAAUACUCUCUAAUAUUCUGUUAUAGAGAACGUCACGGUGGACCUCAACUCUUCUUUUUAAUUUUGUUCAUCUGUUCAGUCGUAGGUUACUGGUGAUGCUUGUUAAUAAAUAAAAGAAAAUGAAUCUGA